CUGAAUCUUUUACUGUUUAUUAUGCAUAGCAUAGAGAAAGUAUCUAAACAUCCAAAAGCUGUAACUAAAACCAAAGACCAAAGGAGAGAAAUGCAACUCAAAAUGAUCCGAAACAGUGUUACCAAAAUAUAUUGCCCAUUACUUCACAGCCUGUAAGAGGUCUUCAAGCUCCGUUGGAAGCCGACAGUUUAAGAUAAUUCCAAGCACCCCAUGUGGGAUUUAUUUUUCUUCCAUCAAAUCUAGUCUCACUUUGUUCUUCACUUCAAAUUUUUCUCUGCUGCUUCUGAAAGAAAAAGAACUAAGAAAUUUGGCUUAAAUUUACUGGGAUUUUGGUUCUCAUCAUCAUGUGGGAGUCAGAGAAUGAAUCUCUUGGUGGCAGAGAUUAUGGUAAUGGACUGCUUAGCUCCACUAAACAUAGUGUCAAAACUGCUGGAUUUGAGCUCAGAGGUCAAUCUUGGUAUGUUGCUACUGAUAUUCCAAGUGACUUUCUUGUUCAAAUUGGAGACAUUAAUUUUCACUUGCACAAGUAUCCUCUGCUUUCUAGAAGUGGAAAGAUGAAUAGACUGAUUUAUGAAUCUCAUGACCAAGACAUUAACAAGAUCACCUUGGAUGAUCUUCCGGGAGGACCGGAGGCGUUCGAGCUAGCUGCAAAAUUCUGCUAUGGGAUUGCAGUUGAUCUAACAGCAGCCAACAUAUCCGGCCUAAGAUGUGCUUCAGAGUAUCUUGAGAUGACAGAGGACUUAGAAGAAGGCAAUCUUAUCUUUAAAACAGAAGCCUUUCUAAGUUAUGUAGUUUUGUCCUCCUGGAGAGAUUCUAUAAUCGUAUUGAAAAGCUGCGAAAAGCUCUCGCCGUGGGCAGAAAAUCUUCAAAUCGUGCGAAGAUGCAGCGAGUCUAUAGCUUGGAAGGCUUGUGCAAAUCCAAAGGGAAUAAGAUGGGCAUACACUGGGAAACCCCCAAAAGUUUCCAGCCCAAAAUGGAAUGAUAUGAAGGAUUCAAGUCCCAGUCAGAACCAGCCUGUACCUCCUGAUUGGUGGUUUGAAGACGUUUCGAUUCUUAGAAUUGAUCACUUUGUUAGGGUCAUAACAGCCAUCAGAGUGAAGGGGAUGAGAUUUGAAUUGAUUGGAGCAGCAAUUAUGCAUUAUGCAACAAAGUGGCUUCCAGGUUUGAUAAGAGAGAGCUCUGGACAUGGAGAUGAAAUAAUUAGCUGCAGUGCCAGUAAUAGUAAUAGUAAUAGCAGUGGUAGUAGCAGUUGGAAAGGUGGACUUCAUAUGAUCGUGGUAGGGACUAAAGAGGAUCCUCCCACCGUUCACGCGAAAGAUCAACGGAUGAUCAUCGAGAGCCUCAUUAGCUUAAUUCCACCGCAGAAAGACAGUGCGCCAUGUAGCUUCCUACUGAGGCUUUUGCGAAUGGCAAACAUGUUAAGAGUAGCACCUGCGUUGGUUAAUGAAUUGGAGAAACGGGUGGGGAUGCAGUUCGAACAGGCUACAUUGGCUGAUCUUCUUAUUCCUACUUACAAUAAAGGAGAAACUUUGUAUGAUGUGGAUCUUGUGCAAAGGCUUUUAGAGCAUUUUCUUGUUCAAGAACAGACUGAAAGUUCAAGUCCUAGCCGGCAACCUUUAUCAGAUAAACAUAUGUAUGAUGGAACUCAAAGGAUUAAUAGCACAAGUGCUAAGAUGAGAGUGGCAAGGCUUGUAGACAGUUAUCUCACAGAAGUCGCCAGAGAUAGAAACCUCACUUUGACAAAAUUUCAGGUUUUGGCCGAAGCUUUACCUGAUUCUGCACGGUCCUGUGAUGAUGGACUUUAUAGAGCAGUUGAUUCCUAUCUUAAGGCUCAUCCAACACUAUCUGAGCAUGAAAGGAAGCGGCUCUGUCGGGUGAUGGAUUGUCAGAAACUCUCAAUUGAUGCAUGUAUGCAUGCAGCACAAAAUGAAAGACUUCCUCUAAGAGUUGUGGUACAGGUCCUCUUCUCUGAACAGGUAAAGAUAAGCAAUGCAAUCGCAAACAAUUCACUGAAAGAAGCCGGCGAAAGUCAAUACCAGCCCAUGAUAUCAAACAGGAAAACACUACUUGAGGGGACACCAAAGUCAUUCCAAGAAGGAUGGGCGGCCGCAAAGAAGGAUAUUAAUACACUCAAAUUUGAGCUGGAAACUGUGAAGGCUAAGUACCUUGAGCUCCAAAAUGACAUGGAGAAUCUGCAAAGGCAGUUUGAUAAGAUAUCAAAGCAGAAACAAACAUCAGCAUGGACUAGUGGUUGGAAGAAAUUAAGCAAACUCACCAAGAUGACACCAUUAGAAAACCAGGACAUUGGACCUCCUGUUCAAACUUCUGCAGAUCAGACUAGAAAGACACCUAGAAGAUGGAGAAAUUCAAUCUCUUGAUUUCUAAGAGAUACCUCUAUCUUUCUAUUCAGUGUUAUAUUGUCAAUUUUCCUUUUGCUAUUGUGAUUCCCCUUCAAUUUAUAUAUUUUUUUUUCUGGGCAAAUGCACGACUCUUUAUAGAUAUUACUUUCAAAACAAGAAAAGAGAAUUAGCACAGUUCAUUAGCAGAAUGUUUGUGUCUGUUGAUUUCUGAGUGAGUUUGUUGCAAUUCCCAUUUCAUGUACUGUGGUUUUUAAAGGAGAAAGCAAGUGUGAUAAAUAUCCUACUCAGUGCCA